AACAAGAAGCAACCCUACAUUCAUGCCAUUGGCAAGCUAGGGUUUAAUAAGGGCAGAACAAUGCCCAUUUGGUGUGAGCUUUUUAAAUGCAAAGUAAAUAAGGUGGAUCAUUCAAUAAGGCAAGUGAAAUUCAGGUGCACCUAUUAAAUUCCCAAUUCAUGAAAUAAAGGGUAUUUAGGUAAUUUUACAAUUUGUAACCCUAUAUAUAUGAAAACACCUUUUAGACAUUUUAGCUUAUGUUUCCGAUAAUUAUUACUUUACACACAAAUAAUUAAACAAAAUCUCAACUCUCAUUGCUGUGUUUGACCUCAAAAGUGAUAUUAGUUUUAGAGAGAGAAACAGUUUGGUUUCUUGAUUUGGAAGAUGAGAGGUGUGAAUGAUUCCAUGGUCGCAUCGGCGAUGCACUCGUCGGAGAACAGAGCAACUCACUCUUCUUCCGUUCAGAAAAGAAGAUGGAAAAGCUGUUGGAACAUAUCAUGGUGUUUUGGAUCUCAAAAACACAGCAAGAGAAUCGGCCAUGCGGUUCUUGUUCCGGAGCCUGGUUACUCAGGAACCAUGGCUCAACCACCUACAAACAUGUCUCAACAACCUUCAAGAGUUCUUCCGUUUAUCGCCCCACCCUCGUCUCCGGCAUCUUUCCUUCAUUCAGAACCACCGUCCGCCACCCAUUCGCCUGGCGGCUUCCUAUCCUUCACCUCAGUAUCAGCCAGCAUGUAUUCGCCUGGCGGCCCGGCUAACAUGUUUGCCACUGGCCCGUAUGCACACGAAACACAAUUGGUAUCCCCGCCAGUGUUCUCGACAUACACCACCGAGCCAUCCACCGCGCCUUUUACACCACCACCGGAGUCUGUUCAUAUGACUACACCUUCCUCGCCCGAAGUCCCUUAUGCUCGGCUUUUGAGCUCGUGUGACCAAAACAAUGUUAUACCAUAUGAGUUUCAAUCUUAUCAGUUAUACCCUGGAAGCCCAAUGGGCCAGUUGUUAUCACCAAGUUCGGGAAUUUCCACUUCGGGCACCUCGUCUCCGUUCAUGGAUGGCGAUUUCGCUUGUGAUGGCCCACACUACCUUCAAUGGGAAUCACGAAUGGAUCAACAUCAUUUGGUUGAUCAUAGGGUGUCGUUUGAGGUAACUCCGGAACAAGUUGUUAGAUGUGUUGAAAGAAGACGGUGUGCUGACAUGGCAAACGGGCGUGAUGACGUGGCAACAGGUCAUGAAUACUCUAACUGGGAGGGUGGGCCAAGACAUCAGAAGCAUAGAUCAUCUGUUAAAGAAUUCAACUUUGAUAGUACCGAUGGAGCCGAAUACGAUUGGUGGACAAGCGAGAAAGUUCUUGAGAAAGAACACGGGCCGAUCAAGAACUGGUCUUUCUUUCCAAUGAUGCAGCCAAGUUUUAGCUAAUGAUUGGACGCCACAAACGACCCAAGAAUCAUCAAGAAAUCAAGAAUCAGAAGGAUAGUGAUGACCCGUUUGGGGAUGGUGUUUGUACUCAGAAAUGAACUCUUUUUUCAGCCUAAAAAGGGCAUAGAAGUUAGAACCUAACACUACCAUCAAUAUAUGUAAGCUAAAUAAGCUCAUAGGUACAAUUUUUGUUUUGUUUAAGGGUAGUAGGAAAACUCUGCUCCGGUUCAAGAUUCAAACCUGUGAGCUUGAACAUUAGUGUUGUAGCUCAUUGAGCGCCAUUUGACUGACCCGUAACAGCGAGUUUUUAGUCAUGUGAACACGCUAAUUAUGAUGACGGGUUUUUCUUUUCUCGAGUCUUGGUGUUUUGUACAAGUGUAUUAUGAUCAGUAGGAUAGAGCAAGAAAAUUGUGAAGAGAGAUUUGGUAUCUUCACAUGGUACUAAUUUUGAUGUAUUGUAUUCAUUGUUGCUUGUUUGAUUCAA